AAAUUAUUGCAGGACUAUUCAUUUUAACCAUUUUAAUUAAAGUCUACCGCAAGUACCGCAUUAGCUGUACAUUUUCAUAAGUCUGUCUAGUGGCGCCACGGAGUCAGCUGUGGGUAGAACAAAGUUUGUCGUCGAGUUCAAAAGUUGGCAGGCCUGUUGUAAUACGUAGCUACUUCUUUAAUCUGAGAAUCUAGUAUCUAGUUGACCUCGUGUUAGUCGGUUUUCUGUUUUGAAGGCUAAUUGUUCUUUUUAUUAUUGAUUCACCUAAGCAUAUACUGAAAUAAUUUUUCUUGAACACCUCACCAUGCAAUCUGUCAGCAGCUCUGCAUCCGGCACUAUGGACCAAAACGAGAUUAUUCAUAGUCCAAUAUUACAACCGAUUGUUGUCUGUGCCAGACUUUCACCUGAACAAAUAUUGUUCCACACAGGAAAGUAUUUAGGAAAUAAGGAAACAACAGAUUCACAGGGACAUGCUUCGUCCUCUAGUGAUGAUAAAAAGAUUACCCUGUUAUCACUCAAUGAUGAUGUUUUCCAAGAAAUACUCUCACAUUUGUCUUAUGAUGAAAUCGCUAAGUUGAGGCUGGUUGGGCGUCACUUCAAUGAAGUGUGCCAAAAAAUGUUGAAUAAAGGCUUCUUAUCUGUUCGACGAUCUCACAGUUGCUGUCUUAAAGAGAUGAAAGCCAAGUUACCGAGAAAGGAAUCUGAGAGAAGAGCUCAUCCUCUUGCAAGUCAUAUUCAUGUUUUAACAAGCAUUGAAUUAAGCCUGAAUUUCUUGUCAAUGGCAUUCGAAAAGUACAUAAAUGAUGGAAUGUUCUGUUUCAUUCCGGGAAAAGUACUAGAUGAAUGCUACAGACUGCUCAGGGAAAUUGUGGUGCUCAAAAAUAUUUCGUUCACAAAGUCAUAUGAACUGUUGCAAGAGUUCACAGACAUUUCAUCCAUGGCAAUGGAGCAUUUCGAGGAACACAUUCUUCCCACCAUGAAGCGAAACCAGAUGAUCAACACCGCCAUCCGCAACAGUUCGCCUCGUUUCAAUAGCUGCGAUACUGAUGCCGCCGACAACGAUUCUGAGUCGGGAAUCGAAUUGGUAGUUCAGCAAAAUCACUUACUGAUCAACAGCCAGGAAAGGCAGAUCGUCGAUCUCAAAACGAAGGUAACUGAGUAUGGCAGGAAAAUUGCUGAACAAGGCAGGAAAAUUGCUGUUCUAGAAAGACAGGCCAGCGAGUCCAGCAGAAGGUUUAUCCAGCUGGAACGGAAAAUCAGCAACAGCGAGGCUGUGGGCGUCCACGUUCAGCCGGUGGUAACUCCGCCUCCAAGUAGUCGCAAGCGCAAGAUGAAAGAGUUGAACAAGUGAUCUAUAAAUCGCUUGCUGAAACCGGGAAUUUAGCUGUAAUUUCCUUUUUUUUAAAUUAUGUUAUUAACUCAGUUACAGUUCAUGAAAUAAAAGUUUGAUUAUGCAUAA